AUGGUCUCGAGCGCGCGGGGGCUGGGUUUGGAGAAUUCCUGCAUAUGCAAAACAUUACCCUAUGUUAAUAAAAAGGAUCUCGAAUGUGCGCGUUCGUUUUUCGAUGUAAAUGAUAAAGCUACCCUCGCUGUGACCGGUCAUAUCCGGGUGAAUUUGGAAUCUGAAGUGAGACAGAAGGAAAGCCAACGUUUGCAGCGGGAGGUUGCUCUUGCGCAUCAUGAGCAACUCGACGCGAUGCUUGCACGUCAAACGCAGCAUCGUCAGCAGAUGCAGGCCAUUAUUAAUGCACACCAAGACAGGAUUACGCAAAGAAUAAAGGCACUAUUGGGUACAGUUAAUCAGGAAGAUAAUAAUGAUAUUGAUGUAAAUAAAACACCAGAUGAUUGUGAGGAUGUUCCUCAAAUGAAAGAAAAGAGACAACUGUUACAACUAGUGCAAUCUCUUCAAGAAAAUCAUGAUAAGGAAAUAGAUCUAAUGGAAACGUCUUACAGACGACAACUAGCAUUCUUAGAAGUCUCGUUAAGUCAAUACGAAGAGAGGAUGAAAGAAGAAAGUCAAAAAUUGACGAAAUUCUAUUCAGAGAAGAUAGCAUGGCUAGAAGAACACCAUUUGCUGUACAAAAGAUUGACAGAGGAGAACUUAGCUUCACUUGCUGAACGGCAUAAAGGUGAAACUGAAAUGUUGAGGCAACAACAUUUAGAGAAUGUUAAAGUAUUACAAGAACACCAUGCGGCACUCAUGGAGAAUAUUAAGAAAGCGGUCAAGAAUGAACAGGCCAUUAUUCAAGAUUCUGCAGGAUUCUCUUCAGAUCUCCGUGAAUUAGUAUCACAAGUCAAUGAAAACAAAGAACAGAGUCAGCAGAUAGUAGAAAAAGUUCAGCUUUUGGUUGAGAAUAUGCAACGCGAUAUGGGAAGGACCUUACAAACAAGAGAGACACAAGUAAACGAUAUGAUACAACAACUGAAAAUCGACCGAGAAAAUUUUGAAAAAGAGAAAACUGACAGCAGAGAAAUGGUGAAUUUACUUGAGAAAAGGUUAAAACAAAUGACAGCGAUGAUUGAAGAAGAAUCGGCUAUAUUGAAACAAAAAAAAAUGGAGUUUGAAUUUGAGAAGGCGACUUUCAAUAAGCAGACCGAGUUUGCUAAAAAUGUCUUAAAGAAACAAGAUGAUGAAAUCAAGAUGUUGAAAGAAGAUAUUCAGAAAGAGUACCACGAUAAAAUUUCAAAAAUUAAUGAAGAUAGGUCUAAAGCAGAAAAAGACACUGCGGUGAUUGCAAAAGAAAAAGCUUCAAUAGCUAAUUUGAAACAGGAACUUGAUAAAAUUAAAGCAGACUUACAAUCUCAAUUAGAAGAAGUUAGCGAAGAGAGAUUAAAAAUCAAUUUGGAAAAACAACAGAUUCAUAUGGAAGAGCAGAGAGUAAUGGCAAAGAGUCGUGAUUUAGAUAUGUUAGCCAAAGCGGCAAUAGAAAAACAAUCACAAGCAGAUAAAAAAUAUUCAGAGGCAGAACUUAUGCAAGCAAAGUAUGAAGAGAGAAUAAGACGUAUUCAAGAGCAUGUUAUUUCACUAAACACCAGAGAGAAGCAGAUAGCUAAAGAGAAGGUAGCUUUGUCUAGAGAAAGACUGAAUCUCCAUAAUGAAAGGAAAAAAGUGGAGACUAAGCAGCAGUGUUCCUUAUGUAGAACAUCGCAAUACGUGCCGCAGUAUAACUUUGAGAGUGCUUUUCCAGAUAGUUUUUUAAAUGUUUCCGUAUCUAGAGACCAAGGUGAUGCAAACGUUAAUUCUGCCGUGUCUGCUAUAGCGAGUGAAAUUGUAAACCUAAGAAUGAGUAAAAACUUUGAUUUUCGACACAGAUAUGAUGGUAAUUCACCUUUAGACGAUAAAGCUGUAGGUGAUGAUAAUUUACAAACGAUGCAGACUACAGAUUCUGUUUCUGGAGGAUUCAAAGAUUAUAACAUGGAUCCAAAAUUUAUGAUGCUCCGAUUGGAUGUCCAACAAGUACUCAAUAAUUUAGAGGGAAAUGUAAAAAAUAAAGAAGAUCAAGAAUUUCAUGAAAAUGAUGAUUAA